AUGGAGGAAGUGGAUAGCAGAAUGCUUGAAAUCUACGACGAUAUCUACUCUAGUCAACGGCAAUCGACUAAAGAGUUUAUAAUGCAAAGAGGAUUAUGGAAAGGCGACCUUUUAUCACCAUUUUUAUUUCUCAUUGCUGAUGAAGGUUUCAGAAAGUGGAAAUGGAAAAUUAAAACAGAAAGAAUUGGGUUAUGGUUAAAAGCGCUGAAGAAUAGAUAUGGGGAGACAGAGGUCAUGAGAGGUGAUGUCAAUAGGAAAGAUUCGAAUUGGUGGAAAAAUAUCUGUGAGAUAGAUAUAGGAGCAUGGGAAAACUCAACUUACUUUUCUGUUAAAGAAAUGUAUAAGGGAUUGAAAACUGCUGAACCGGAUCAAUCCUCUAUUUCUUGGUCUAAGGUUUGGCACAAAGUGAUACCACCAAAUAUCUCUUGUUUUGGAUGGAGGUUAUUCCAGAAUGGUUUAGCGACUAAGAACAACCUCUUUAGGAGGAAUGUCAUAGGGCAAGGAUCCACUAGUUGUAUCGAGGAUUGUGAUGCAAAUGAAUCUAUACCUCACUUGUUUUUCGAGUGCAAAUAUUUUUCAGGUAUAUGGCAAUCAAUUUGCAAGUGGCUCCGGAUAUCUACUGCUUUACACAGUGAAAGUAGGAUGCAUUUUGCUCAAUUUGAAGGUCUGAUUGGAGGCGAUAAGGAAACUUCAUUGAAAGUCAGAGUCAUAUGGUUCGCGGGAGUUUGGAGCAUAUGGAAAGCUAGGAAUGCCAAAAUUUUCAGUAACAAAGAUAUGCUGUAUCUUUCUGGUGGUGAUCUUUCGUUUAGUCGGCAAUUUGCAGUAACUCUCCGUCAAGAACUUGGUUUCGGAUGUCCAAGUUCUAGGCUAUUUGGAGUUCUAGUUUAG